UUGUCCUCUGCUAGAAGACCACAGAGCAUGUGGCAGCCCUACAUUCCUCAUUGUGUGUCCAAGCUCUCCCAUUGGCUCCAAACUGUGAGAAACUCCAACAAGCCCAAGACCCACACAUUCAUAUGGAGAUUUGGGAGUAUAAAUAGAGGAGAUGCAGCCAGUCACACUCACUCUACACAGAGAGAUCUACAGCACAGAGACACAGCCAUGGCACCAACCAUCACUUCAGCAAUGAUCACCUCAAACAAGCACCUGCCUCUGAACAACAAGCUGAGGAAGCCGAUGGUGGAAAAGAUGCGCAGAGAUCGUAUCAACAGCAGCAUUGAGCAGCUGAAGUCUCUCCUGGCUCCAGAGUUCCUCAACCAGGAACCUGACUCCAAGCUGGAGAAAGCAGAUAUCCUGGAGAUGACAGUCAGCUUCCUGAGACGACAGCAGCAGCAGCAGCAGUCUGCAUUCUCCUCCAGCUCAGCAGCUGUCAAUCAAGGCUUCUCCAGAUGUGUCCAUGAGGUUAUCCACUUUCUGUCCAAAGAAGAGGUGAAGACACAGAGCCAGAGAAAACUGCUGAACCACUUCCAGAACCUGCAGCCAUCUUCAGAUGAGAACAGGAGGGAAAGUGUUCUGCCUCAGCUGAGCUCUACAGAGCAGCAGAUCAUCAGCAAAGACAAGAGUUCAGUUAAGAGCGCCCUCUGGAGGCCCUGGUAAAGAGAAGAUCAAAACUGAAGAUGAAAAGCUGGAACCACAAGUCCAUGUGGACUGUUUUUUUCUAGACUCAAAGCAGAAAACACAAGUCUAUGUGGACUUUAUUCAUUUUUUUCAACCUUUCCUUGUGCAGGAGAAUAAUGAAUUGUUAACAAUUAACACUUCUUUGUUGCCUUAUGGUAAUAUUCUUAUAACUUUCAUUUUUGAGAAAGAAUCAGUAUGUUUCAUGAUGUUUUCUCUAUGGAGAUCCUGGAAACAACAAAUGCCAGCAAUCUUGACAUUUUGUGUCUCUUUUAGACAUGAACAGAUUUAAUGAAUUUGUUUUAAAUUUAAGUAUUUUUAUACUAUUUCCAUUUUAGGAAAGCUUUAAGUUUUGCAUUGUCAUGUCUUCAUAGCAGUUCUAUAUUAGACAUGAAUUUUGUAUCAUUUUUUGAUUUUACAAAAUUCUGAGCAUAUUCUGAUCUAAUAUGAUCACAUCUUUGAGAAUAUGUCCAAUAAUCUAAUGGACAACACAUUUUCUGUGUACAUUCUGACUGUACACAGUGUACUUUAUGAUUUAAACAGAAGGUCUAUGUACCUUAUAUGCUUUCAGAGAAAGUAAUACCAUUUUGAUCAAUCAUUUUGAUUCUUGUUUUUUUUAAACAUCAUAUUAACCUUUCAGUGUUUCAAUAUGUUAAUAUGGUGUGGUAAAUGUACCUAUUGUAUGGUAAUUGAUGAUAUAAAUGAUAUUUAUGAAACAUAGAUUUUGUCAUUGACAGUAUCUGUUGACACAAUUUUGUUUGAUUCCCAUUUCUUUCUAAUUUCAUUUGAGAAAUAGUGUGUUCAUAUUUAGCAUAUUUCACCUGUUGGAAAUUUCUCCAUUGUCUUUUGUAAAGACUGAUAACUUGUUUAAACUCUACUCUAUCAUGAGUGCCAUGUGUCUUGAAGAUUUCUUCAAGUAAGUGUUGCGAUAUAUUAUCACAAAUGUUCUUGUCUGUGAGAAAAUUAUUCAGAUAUUAUAUAAACAAGUGCAAAGUUGCAACAAUAAGAAAAAAUAAAAAUGUGAAAAUUA